AUUCAGACCUCCUCAGUGCCUGUUGCUGAAUGUACAAUGAACAGAAUGCAGUAAAUAUCUGUACGAAAACUCUUAAUGGAGAACACUCCCAAGGAAUGUAAACUUAAUUAAAAGCUAAAGGUUUACUUCAACAACCUAAAAAUGGAUGAGGAAAUAAUGCUGCCUGCAAAUACAAAUGACUGGACUAAGGAUCAUGUGAAAUUUUGGGUUUCAAAUAAUGUUAAAAUUGAACCAAAGGAAGCUGAAAUUCUUUAUACACAAAAUGUGUCAGGUGAAGUGCUUAAAGAACUACUCAAGGAUGACCUUGUUAAAAUGGGAUUGACAUAUGGAUCAGCUGUAUUAAUUGGCAUUCAUUUAAGAAAACAUAAUGACAAAUUGAACAUAGAUAACAAAAGAGAUAGUGUAGAGCAAAACAAACAAAUAUCCACACAAAAAGAUAAAAAAGAAUCAGCAAGAAGGCAGGGGAAUACAAAAUGUGGAGAGAAUAUAAUAUCAGAGGCUCGUGAAUGUAGUGAUGCACCUGCCAACAGUACCAUCCAACCACAAACUGAGCAAGAUUUGAGUAAACCUGAAAAUACCUCUGAUAAUUUUCUCUCAAAACAAACUUGUCAGCCAUUUCCUUUUGAUACCGUCCAUGAUGGUACACGCUACAGGCAACAUUACAUUCUUCCACCUGAAUCAGGACCCUCUAAUUAUAUUGAACCUGUUCAUGAGUACAAGGAAUUUACUAAUACAGCAAAUGCAUCUGAAGAAGAUAAAAAAAUAAAAUUUUGCAACGAGGUGUUUAGGUUUGCAGCUGCAUGCAUGAACACUCGUACCAAUGGUACAAUCCAUUUUGGAGUAUGUGACAAACCCCAUGGGGAAAUUAUUGGCAUUCAAAUAGAAAACAAAGAUAAAUACAUUAAUUAUUUCAGUCAAAUGAUUGUUAAAUACUUUGAGGGUAAGCAAUUAGAUAUUGCAAAAAAGUGUAUUCGCCCCCCAAGAUUUGUGGAGGUGCUAUAUCAAGACAACUUACAGUCUGAUAGAGUUGUCAUCGAAGUGGAUGUAGUGCCCAACUAUCAUCUUUGUAAAUCAGAAAUAUUCCAGACAUUUCAACAAAUUGACAAGAAUGGAUGGAAAAGGAGUAAAGAUUGUUCUUGCUUUGUUAGAGAGGGUGCAAGUUCUAGAGAUAUUUUAGCUAAUAUACAACAUAAUAGUGCAGACUACAAAGACUUUUGCACUCAAGUACCAUCAAGAGAUGAUGUCAGAAAGCAAGCUGAAGAACAUAAAAUAACCGUAAACCCAAAUUUUGAUGGCGUAAAACUUGUGCGCUUAAUUACAGGUGAUAAAGACACUUUGGACAAUUCUUACUAUAAAAGAUAUAUCUUAGUAACCAACAAAUGUCAUCCAAAUAACAUAAAUCAUCUUAACUUCAUCCAUGAAAUAAAAUGGUUUGCAGUGUUGGAUUUUGACCCAGAAUCUCUUAUAAGUGGCAUAUGCAAAUAUUACAGAGAAAAAAGAGUUGCAAAUCUGCAUUUUCCAAAUCAGUUUCAGGAAAUGAAUAUUGAAAAAUCUGAAGAGCUUAAACUUUAUCAGCAAACAAGUUGGAUCUUCUGUAAUGGAAGAUCCGAUCUUAAAUGCAAAGAUUAUGAACCAGUAAGUUCAAAGGAGUGGCAAAAAUCAAAAGCGGCUGAAGUAGGCAAGUUAGUUUCUUUCUUUACAAGGAAAGACGUAAUGGAACGUGGGAAAUUUCUAGUCAUCUUUCUUUUACUGUCCAUGGUGGAAGAUCCAGCUGAUCCUAUGAAUGAAGUAUUCAGAAUGUUUUUUCAAGAACUGGGGGGAAUAAAUGACAUCUUAUGUAUAUGUGAAACUGCCCAAAUUUUUCAGAGAUGGAAAGAUUUACAACUUAAAUAUGUAAAUGAAAAGGAAUUAGAGGAUAGAUGUGUUUACAACCUGAGCGUUAAAAAUAUAAAUGGUACUAUCUUAAAACUGAAAUCUCAGAUACAGUCCACUAAACGAAUUUUGCCAUCUGAUAUGGGUUCUUCUAUUUUGCUGCCAAAAAAGGAUGAGGAAGUGAUGACAUGUUUGGAAAUUCUUUGUGAAAAUGAAUGUCAGGAUACAGAGCUAGAAAAAUGUGAAAAUAAAUUUAAUACAUUUAUGACCACUAAAGAAGAGCAUUUUUAUCGUGGUGGAAAAGUGUCAUGGUGGAAUUUCUACUUCUCAAUGAGAAACUUCACAGGCCCAUUUAUUAAAAGAGAUGUUUAUGAUAAGUUAGAAGAGAUGAUAAAGUCUUGUUCCAAUUCUCAGAAGCAGAUAAGUGUAAAAACAUUUACACUUUAUCACCAUGUGGGCUGUGGAGGUACAACUGUGGCCAAACACAUUCUCUGGGAUCUUAGAAAUACAUUUCGAUGUGCAGUGCUAAAACAGAACCUAUCAGACCACAAAGAAAUUGGGGAGCAAGUGGUGAAUUUGGCCACAUAUGGAUGCUCUGAUCACAAAGACUAUUUUCCUGUGCUUCUGCUUGUUGAUGAUUGUGAAGAAGAUGAAACAUAUGUUUUACAGAACUACAUUCAGGCAGCAAUUGCUGAAAAGAAUAUAAAAUAUGACAAACCUGCAGUGAUCAUUUUAAAUUGCACAAGAUCUCAAAACCCAGAACAAACUUCAAUUCGUAACUGUCUUCACAGUGUUUCUUUGACACAUGUCCUUUCUCCACAGGAACAAAGAGCUUUUGAGGCAAAACUUAAAACUAUUGAGAAACAACACAAUAAACCAGAUAAUUUCUAUUCUUUCAUGAUAUUAAAAAGCAACUUUGACGAGAACUAUAUAAAAAACAUUGUGAGAAAUAUACUCAAAGGCUUAAAUAUUGAAAGAAAGGAAGACCAGCUAAUUGCUUAUCUCGCCAUGCUCAACACAUAUAUAUGUGAUUCAACCCUAUCAGCUUCCAUAUGUGAAGAUUUUCUAGGAAUAACAGGAACAGGGGCAUUUUGGGGUAAAGAGACCAUAGAAGAAAAAAUGGGGAUUUUUUUUACUAUAAUGUUACAAAAUGAGUUUGAAGAAUGUGGAAAGUACCAGGGAAUACGCAUAAUCCAUCCGCUAAUUGCUAAGCAUUGCUUAGAUGAGCUCAGAUCAACAUUUGACUUAUGCAAAAGUGACAUUGUAUUAAAUUUACUAGGAAUUCAAAUGUUUUAUGAAAGAUCAAUAGGCAGAGAUAAAUUUGUACAAAACAUGAAAAGCAUGCUAAUCACCAGACAUCGAAAAGAACAUGGUGAUGAAACUGACACUUUGUUUUCUCCUCUAAUUGAAGAUAUACGAAAAGAAGAAGGCAAUGAAAGUGUGAAGAAAGUUCUGGAAGCUGGAGUUAACAGUUUUAAACAAACCCCAUACAUUUGCCAAGCAUUAGCAAGACACUUUUACCUCAGAGAGAAAAACUUUUCUAGUGCUUUAGAAUGGGCAAACAAGGCAAAGAAAAUUGCACCUGGUAAUUCUUUUAUUUUAAAUACAUUAGGUCAAAUAUAUAAAUGUCAAUUAAAGAGCUUGAUGGAUAAAAAGAAUCAUCUAACAGCAGACAAAUUGAAAAAUCUUCUUGAAACUGCUGUAUUUGCCUCAGAAACAUUUGAACAAUGCCAAGUACAGGCAGGAAAAGGAGAAGCUGAGAGAGAGGACUCAAAAUUAACAAAGUCUAAAAGAACUCAAAUGUAUAAUAUAGCUGGAUAUCUUGGACAGAUCGAAGUCUAUGUGUGUACAGUUGAAAUACUUUUGCAGCUACCAUGGUUAAAGCCAAAUGAUGUAAUAUCCAAGAAACAGUUGUUAAAUUACUUGUCAGGAAAACGGGACAUUUCAGUUGAGAACACUGGUGAAAGUUAUACAGAUUUUUUUACUAUACUCACUGAUUUUAGAUACUUUCUAAUCAAAAUAAAAUCCAAACUAGAGGUCUUGUUUACAUUCUUUGAUGAUUAUUUUGUCUAUUUAAAACAAAAAAAUAUGAUGAGGGAAAGCACAGAGUUUAAAACAAAUGCAGCUGUUUCUGAUCUUUUUAAAAUUUACAGAAAAGUAUUCUGUAAUGAAAACUUAAUACAGACCUUAAGCAAAGAAGAUGGACUAAAAGGGAGCAAUUUUCUGCAUUUAGAAAAAAUCAAGGCAGGUCUAGAGUCGUAUAAAGCUGACCGAUUUUCAGGAAUACUGCAGUAUCUCACUAAAAAAGAUCAAGAGAAAUUGGAAGCAAUAGUAAAAGCCUAUAAAUAUUUACUAGACCAUCAAACAAACCUAGAGAGGGAAAAACAAAAUUUCAUUUUGGCUAAUAUUGUACUUCAGUGCGUGUUUCCUAAAUCAAAAUAUAUUUGUCCCAUGGAAACCUUGAAAAAUCACCUCAGACUGAUUUUGCAGGAUGUUGGAUUUGAUUGUAAAGAUUUGGAGCCAUACUUCCUUGCUUCAUUGUUGUUCUGGCCACAAUCACUGAGUGAGCUUGACAAUGACUCCAAAGAUCUAGCAAAAUGUAUUCCUACAAUGAAAAAAAUAUUCAAAGAAAAGUACAAAUAUAGCUUGCAUUCAAAACAACCAAUUGCUCAUUUUUUCUUAGGAAGACAUAAGAGACUUAUUCAUAGAGGAAAAAUUGAUGAACAUUUUAAAGGAGUGCCUGGAUUAAAUUUCCUCUGGCAAGAUGGUGAGAUAUGGAAAGAGAAGCCAGUACAAGAUAUUUUACUCCGUGUAAAUGGCAGGACAGAGAAUAAAGUUAUAUAUUUGGAAAUAGGCAAUGAUGAAAGCGUAAAGAUACCAGUACGCCCUGCUCAUUUUGGACAGCUGAGAAGAGGAAAUAGCAUUGAGUCUGUUUCUUUCUAUUUGGGAUUUUCAAUAGAUGGUCCAAUAGCAUAUGGUAUAGAAAGCAGAACUUACGCAAACUGUUAACUAAAAGAAAAAUCACUAAAUUUACACUAGUUCUAUUAAAGUGACAUAAAAGGGACAGUAAACACUUGACAUUUUAAUAUAACAUGUUUAGUUAUACAUAGUAAAAUAACUUUUCUAUUUACUUUCAUAAUUUAUGUUGCCCUUUUUUAUAUAAUUUAGUUUUGAAAACUGUAGAUUUUCUAACUUUUGGAACUGGAAAUAGAUACUGCAGACUUAUCAAGUCUAAACCUAGCUUGUCUUCCCCAAAAUUAAUUAACUUCUACUCCAUUAAAAUGUUUUAUAAAUUAGGGAUUAUCACAAUCUAUAAAUAAAUGUUGUUUAUUGAUGUUCAGGUUCACAAGCAAUAAUUUUUAUUAUCAGCAACGCAUUUUACAUGAUCAUUUCUGUGAGAUUAAGUCCUAGGGGUCAAUUUAUCAAGCUCCAUACGGAGCUUGAUGCCCUGUGUUUGCUCGCCGGAAACAAAAGUUAUGAAGCAGGGUUCUAAAGACCGCUGCUCCAUAACCUGUCCGCCUGCUCGGAGGAGGCGAACAGAAAUCAACCCGAUCGUAAUGCAGUCGGCAUAUAUCUAUAGUAUGUGCAGCAGACAUGAUACGCUUCAUCGUAUCAUGUCCGCUCGCACAUUAAUAAAUUGACCCCAUAUACUUAACAUGAACCAGGCACAAUCACAAUUUGUAAAAUUUUUGACAAAUUUACAGGUCUACUUUCCACUUAUCAAGUUUCACAACUAAAACAAUUUUAUAAACUCCCACACAACAUUUUUUAUACUUAUAACCGAGUAGCCCAAAAAGAUAAAUGUAACAUUUGCUUUGUGAAUGGGAAAAACACAUUGACAUUACCGCUGCUAUAUCAAAUGACUUUAGAAACAUCACCGUGCAAUAACAAAUGUUACCUGCUCAAUCAAUUAAAGUUGCAAAAAUAAUCUUAAGUACUUUUACACUAAUACAAAUGCAGAGAAGUGUCCACUGUACCAUUAGUGCCCCUGUUCAAAUCCCUUAGAAAGACAUAUAUGUCUCAAAGGUUUUAGAGAACGAUAGGUAAAUUGCACACGUCAUCUGCUGGCAUCACUAUGCACUGUGAUGUAAUUGUUAAACACAUAAAACUGCCAUUUUGUUUGACAUUCAUCUGCACAUUUGCUUUUGGAUUAUAAAAAAUGCUUAUUAUUUGCAAAAUGUUCAGAUACACAAUAUACAAAACUACACAACCUGUAAAUUAUCUGGAUUGUGUUAAUCUGGUUUCCUUCACAGUGUCUUGUCUGGGCCAAAUUUAGCCUCCUACACUGAUAUAGCAUACAGAAAUAAUAUGAAAUACAAAAUGGCAUAUAUACAGCUCCUUUACAAUCCAUAAUGAAUGCCUCUGCCAGGCUCAUCUUCCUUGUACGUUGCUCUUCAUCUGCCGCACCUCUCUGCCAAUCCCUUCACUGGCUUCCUCUUGCCUCCAGGAUUAAACACAAAAUUCUCACUCUGACACACAAAGCCCUCAAUUGCAUUGCUUCCCCUUACAUCUCAGACCUUGUCUCCAAAUACUUUCCCUCCCGUCCCCUUCGCUCUGCUCAUGACCUCCUCCUCUCCUCCUCUCUUGUUACCUCCUCACAUUCCCGUUUACAGGACUUCUCCAGUUUGGCUCCCAUCUUGUGGAACUCUCCGCCUCACUCCACAAGACUCUCCCCUAGUUUUGAAAGCUUCAUGCACUCCCUAAAGACUACUGUUCAGGGAUGCAUACAACCUACACUAACCUUUCCUAAUACCAGUUCCUCUCCUUCAUUGCUAUCCGCAAUAAACCCCCUUAGCAUGUAAGCCUAAGAGCACAACUGUUUGCAGAUCACCUUCAUAAGAGCGUACUACAACAGUGCGACUCUCGGCAGGGCCCUACCCAUUUGAUCCCUAUAAAUGUUAUAUUGUAUACCGCCUAUGUUUAUAGUGCUGCGGAAUCUGUUGGCGCUCUACAAAUAACCGAUAAUAAUAAUAAUAAUAUACAAACCUGUAAUUACAUAUGUAUGUAUGCUUAGUAAUAAAUAUGUAUACUUUGUUACAGGCACAUCAUUUAUUAUGCUUUUUAUCCUAAACUGUUUUGUUGUUAGGUUGUAUGCCAAUGCUUUACUGAAUGUUUAAUAUAUGUAAUUAUUUCAGUGUAAUGUUUUAUUAUUUUAUUAGUUAAUAGAUUAAAUAGUUUCACAUUAAAUAAAUAAAUAAAAAUCAUGUAAUAAUUAUGUGCUACUUUGAAAUAUAAAGAAAAUCAAUGUUUAAGCAAUUGAUUUUUGCUUUUUGAACACAAUGAAAACAACAAAGAUAUAUGUAUUCCUUCUCCUUCCUCAUAAAGGGACAUACAAUGUUAUCUAAACUAAAAUGCUCUCAAGACUGUCUGAUAUAGUAUAACAUUUAAUCUAUAUGCAGCCAUGAUUUUAAUUAUUGUAGCUCUGAAACAUUAGAAUCUCAUUUUAAACUUGUCGUAUUUAGCUAAUUAAUUUUUAUUUUCUGUAACAUUUUACUGCAUAUUUGUACAAUAAAUUAUAUAUUUUUAUUAUAA